GAGCACACACACACGGUAUACGGCAUGAGCGAAAGCCCGCGGGGUCGUUCAUGUACAUCGUGCAGCUAAUUAUAAUAGUGUUCAAAAAGGGGGGUUGGCACCGGUGCAUCCGCGGUGGGGAUAGAGGGGGGCGGUCACCACCGGCCCUCACGCAUACUCUUCACGUCGCCCGCGGAACGACCGCCGUGUGUCCUGCACACACACACAUUGUUACACCGAACCAUACGGACAUACACACACACACAACUCCGUUGGAUUUACUACAAUUAGAAUCAUCAUCGACGAAAAACACUCGCGAUAUUAGUGACAUCAAAACAGUGACUUACAGUGCAUCGUAAUCAUCGAACAACCCUCGUAUAUACGACAUACAAAAAAAAAAAAACAGCGAAGAAUCGUACGCGCGCGUACAAGAAAUGUCGAGUUAAUCGAGACUAGUGGGUGGUGAUUUUUUGUUUUGGUUUCGUUGUUGGUUAGUUAUUUUUCUGUUGGUAAGAUGGAGGACGGCUGGGAGUCGCACGUUUCGCCGCUGAUGAUGGGCGUGGGUAUGCAUCAGGAGAUGCAUCAGGGCAUGGGCCAGGAGAUGUCGGGCGAUUUGGACGUGUCCCAGCAUCAGCACGAGAUGGGCGCGCAUCCGGACAUCGAGCAGGAGAUGCGCAUCAGGCACGCCGACGGCGCGGAUUAUUACUCGCAUCAGCUACUGGUAUCCGGACAGCCGACGACCGUCUCGGGUUCCUCGCCGGUAUCGGGCGGCGGUUCGCUGAGCCCCGGCGGCUCGGCGGGCGGACCGGGCGCCCUCUCGCCCGGCGGCACUUCGUCGACGGGCGGCGGCGGCGGCGGCGGGGGCGGCGCGACGCCCUGCUGCGAAUCCGGCCGGCCGCUCGUCACCGAUCCGGUAACAGGCCAGAGCGUCUGCUCCUGCCAGUACGAUUCGGCGCGACUGGCGGCGUUGCAGUACCGCAACGCCAGCGUCGGCGUCGGCGUCGGCGUCUACGGCGCCCCCUAUCCCUCCACCGAUCAGAAUCCCUAUCCGAGCAUCGGCGUCGAGAGUUCCGCUUUCUACUCACCUUUGGGGAACCCUUAUGCCCUUAAGGAUGCAGGAGGAGCAGCGGAUAUGUCGGCCUGGACGAGCGCAGGUCUUCAACCUACCACAGGGUACUACCCGUACGAUCCCACGUUAGCAGCCUACGGAUACGGCGCCGGCUACGAUUUGGCGGCGCGACGCAAAAACGCCACCAGGGAAUCGACGGCGACGCUGAAAGCGUGGCUGAACGAGCACAAGAAAAACCCCUACCCGACCAAAGGCGAGAAAAUCAUGCUGGCCAUCAUCACCAAGAUGACCCUCACCCAGGUGUCCACGUGGUUCGCGAACGCCCGGCGGCGUCUCAAGAAAGAGAACAAAAUGACGUGGGAGCCGAAGAAUAAAACCGACGACGACGACGACGCCUUGGUGUCCGACGGCGACGAUAAGGAUAAGGACGAUGACGAGAAAAGGGACGAUGCAGAUAUACACGGCAGGAUCAAAUCCGAACGAACUAAAGAUUUAGACGAUGACGAUAUGACCGAUGAAGACAGAAAAGACGAUAUACUAGGCGCCAGUAUGCAUCAUAUUUUAGGCAACGGCUUCGGCAUGAAAUCCGAGUUGAAAACAUCGGAUUGCGGGGUACCGCUGCCGCCUUCCAAACCGAAAAUCUGGUCGCUGGCGGACACCGCCGCCUGCAAAACGCCCCCGCCUCCGCCGUCGUCGCAACAAUGGCUCGGCGGCAACGGCUUCGCCCUGCCCAGCUCGCGCUACGCCGGCGGCGGCGGCGUCGUCGGCGGCGGCGUCGUCGGCGGCGGCUUCCUGUCCGGCCACUGCCAGCAGGGCUUCGCCGACGUGCAGACGGACACGCCGCCCCAGACGCCGCCCAGCAUGAAGCUGCCCAGCGUCGCCGGCAACCUGCUGCCCGGCCAGGGGGCGCCCUGCAUAGCGGCGCCCGCCGGCGCCGGCGGCGCCUACGCCCAGGCCGGCUUCCUCGGCGGCUUCGGACGGUUGCAGUCGCCCCAAAGGGCGCCGCCCCCGCCGCAGAACCAACUCGCCGCGCCGCCGGCCAACGACAACGCCGCCUUCAAACCUUUCUACAAAAGCUCCCAAAGCAUGAACGGAGGCUUCGUGUCGCCCGUUUGAGCCGCCCCCGACGAUCGGGCGUACGCCAGAUACGGAGAGAGCGCCUUCGACGACAACGACACCUCACGGGCAAAGUGCAAAACAAACAAAUAUACGAUGUGAGUGAAAAAUGAACAAAAAAAAAACAAACAAACACGAACUAAACGGCUCGCGCAAUACCGCAAUAUGUUGUACAUUUGUGUAAAUGCAUUUAUUUAUAUCUGUGAUAAAGAACAACAAAAAAAAAAAAACGAAAAGAAAAUUUAGGAAAAUAGAGGAGAAGAUGGAGACGCAAGAAAUGGGAGAGAAAUGGCCCGAGGAUGCUGUUCCGGUUGCGAAUCGAUAGGAAAGAAAAUGGAAAAAAAAAUAAACUAUUGCUCGCACUUUAUAUUUGUGUAAUUCAACCAGUCACGAGUUAUAAUAGUUGCGCGUACGAGGGGCGCGCGACAAGUCGAGAAUUUCCCCCGGUUGAUUUUUUACGUACCUGUUAGUAGCGCACGAACAAAGCAAUUAAUUAAUGAUUAAUUAUCGAUGAAUGAAUUCUCGACGCGUCGCGUCGCGACGCCUUCGUACGCGGUUAAAAAAAAAGAAGAAUAAUACGUAUUUCACCGAAAAGUCAUUCUAGUUGUAUUUCUCUGGAUUUUUUUUCCCUUUCACGUACGUUACACACAUACAAACACACACACGGAACACAAAGUUGAUUUAUUUUCUUCUUAUUGUUGCGAUUAUUUCCGUUCGAAUUAGACGAAUUGUUGUGUAAAAAGAUUUUUAUAAGCAUUUUACCAUAUCGAGGAUUUGUUAAGAUUCUAUUAUUAUAAAAAAAAAUAAAAUAAAAACUAACAUUAUAUUUCUUCUUCUGUUUGUUUCGGGCUGCGAGUCCGGCGAAUUAAACGAAAAAAAAAAAUAAGAGUUGUAAAUUAUUUUUAUCCGUUUGUACAUAGUUCAAUGUAUAGAUUAUGAUUGUCUUCAUUAAAAUAUUAACAGAGACUAUAUAAAAAAAAUAAUACAAUUGCGUUUUAUUCACCACCACCACCACCACCAUCAGGUAAAAAUCUACCCUUAAUCAUCGGUGUUCCCGCAAUUCCGAGAGCAGGUCAACCAGCAUAAAUAAUAUUAAAAAACCAACCCUCGCAUCGAGUACUAAAUUUUACCCUAAAUACGGCGAAGGAAGCUCCAGCAGUGGGACUGGCAGUGCUGCCAACCCCUCGCGGCGUAAUUUAUUACUGUUUCAGAACUGACUACUGCAUUGUUUAACUAAACAGCCAGCCGUAAAACGUCUAUCUACCGGUGUAUCUCUUUAUCUUCGGAUGUAAAUUUAGUGUUUAGUAUUUAUUAUAUUUAUUUUUCCACCGCCCGCUGAUCGGACGGUCCUUAAAACGUCCGCAAUUGUUCAAAACUCGAUCGCUACAGGGCGAUUGUUUGUAUAAAUUUACUCGGAAUUAUCGGUAAAGCGAUACCCAUUUGGUAAUUAGUACAGCUUCAUCGGCUGGUUUAAUGCUUAAAUAGGCUUUUUAGUAACUAAAUAAUUCCUUUUGUCGGGCGUUUUUUUUGACGAUUCGACAUCCCGGUGUCGAUAAACAAAAUGUUCGAAUGUUACAUUUUAAACGCCUCGUGAAUUUGAAUUUAUUUAUGGUAAAUAGAAAUAUUACUUUUCGAAUUCACCUUGUACAACGACGGGGCGCCGAAGACGAAAGGAAGUGCCCCUACUGAAAUAAGCUAUAAAAAAUUUAAAAUGUCAAUGGCUCGCGAGAGCGACCGCAAUUCAUCAUUUUUUUUUUCGUGUAUUUUAUAUUCAUUGACCGCCGGUGGAAUUUACGGUUUUAUGGCUACAGGGUGGACCAAUUUUGCGGUUAUAAAUAGUUUAAUUUGUGUAAAUAGGGUACAUAAAUGAUGUCAAUUUUUAUGUUGAACAAAGACAGAUUAUUAAGUUAAAAGUGGUUAAGGUGAGAAAGUUGCAAUUCCACACUCUUUCCUUUUCUUUUAUAUGAGAUUAGUGGAAGUUGUCUUUAUUGCACCAAUGGAAUAUAUUGCAUAAAAUAUUCCUGAAAUAUACUGCUUCACAAAAGUUAAGGAAGUUCACAAAUAUUGAGAUUAAUUUAAAAGUUGCAGAUUUUUUGAUCGUCAAAUUUAGUGUGAGUUGUAGAGGUGGGAGCAAAAAAUCCACUCAAAUAUGAGAAAAAAACAUUUAAUUUCGCAUAUUUGAAAAAUCGGUGAUCAAAAAGUCUGUAACUUUUAAAAUAAUCCCCAAAUUUCGCGAACUUUUGUGGAGCAGUUUAUUUUUUAGUGUAUCGAUUAUUUGAUUAAGCAACUACACUGAAAAAAAUGUCUUUAUUAAAUUUAAUUAACCACCUGCAGGACUAAAGCGUACAAAACUAAAAAUACACAUUGUGAACAAAGUAUAUAAACAUUAUAGACACAAAACGGACGUUUUUAAUAGUCCCCUUUCCUGAAUUAUCGCCCAAUAAAACCGUCUCACUGUUGAAAUACUUUUGUUGUUUUUACUGACUGGUAUUAAUUAUACGAAUAAAAGUUUUAUUUCUAUUACCAAUACAAAUAUCUUUAUGGCACUGUUAAGUGUACAUAUAUAUAUAUACCCCCGCCUUAUAUUAUAUACACUAUUUUUUUUUCUUCGUCCAUUCCAUCAUUCACGGUCGUAAAAAUUCGAGAUCACUUCUUCAUCUCUGCGCGAGAUGACUAUACAGGGAAAAAAAAAGAGUCACACACUGGGCCAGGGCCGGCGGGUUUUUACGAGCGAUUUACAGCCCUGGCGCCCGGGACAUCGUCCCGAUAUGUUCCUC